CGGCGCGCGUCUCGUCGUCGCCGUCGUCCCCGCGCGGACUUCCCCGGCGUCGUCUCCCGCGAACCCGCACGCGAGAUCGAUAGACUAAUCAGAUCGGUAAAGCGCAAAAGUCGUUAGGGAUCCAUCCGCGUCACGGCGAAAAACAUCAGACGGAUCGAUCCGAUGGACGUCGACGACGCGGCGAUGAACGCGGAGGCGCGGCGUCUCGAGGACGAGAAGGCGCGCGCCGACGCCGCCGCCGCCGCGGACGCGGAGGCUGAGUUCCGAGCGCUCCAGAGACGGCGCGAGGCGGAGAUCGAGGCCGCGCACGCCGAGCGCGAGAAGCGCGCGCGCGAGCUCGAGGAGACGAGGAGGAAAAAGCUCAAGCCGGGGAAUCGCGACGCGUGCUCGCUGCCGUACGUCGACGGGACGGACCCGCUGUACCGCGCGGCGAGCAACGGCGAUAUCGCCGCGGUGAAGCGCGUGCUGAAGGCGAUGAAAACAAAGCGCGAGCGAUGGGUCGCGGCCAACUCGCGGAACGAGGACGCGGACGAUCAGUCCGCGCUGCACGUCGCCGCGAGCCGAGGCUACCUGCUGAUGACGCGAGAGCUCCUGGACGCGGGCGCGGAGCUGCUGCCGGACGAGAAGGGACGCACGCCGCUGCACCUCGCGGCGGCGAACGACGACGAGCCGCUCGUGAAGCUCCUCCUGAAGCGCGCGAAGAGGAAGUGGGACGCGAAGACGGCGUUCACGACGGGCGGAUAUUCUCGCCCCGCGGCGCCCGUGCACCUGUGCAAAAAGCCAAACCUUCGAAAGCUGCUCGAGUUUCGAGGGUGCGGCGACGACGACGGCGGCCAGACGCGGAUCAAGGUCGAGGGCGACGGGCGCGGGGUGGAGAUCACGACGUCGAUGAAGAUCGCCGCGGGCGUCGCCGCGUUCGUCGUCGCGCUGUACGUCAGGGCGCGGCGGCAGAUCGAGGAAGGCUAUGCGCGGCCGACGAAGUACGUGCGGUGAGUAGGAGAAGAGAGAGCGCUGUAAACAUCGUCGCGCGUCGAUCGUCGAUGUCGACACGAAC